GGCCGUGGCAGGAAGCGGUUGGGCCGGGCGGCGCGAGGCGGCAGCUCCCGGCGAGGAGCGAUGACGCGCCGCUCGUGAGAGGCCUCAGCGCCGCGCGGGCCGCCAUGGGCUCCCCGCCGCUCUCCCCGCUGCCCGGGGCGGCCUUGCUGGCGCUGCUCGUGCUGCUGGCGGCGCCGGGCGGGCUGCGCGCCGCGCCGGAGGAAGAGCCCGGCAGGAACAAGGUGCCGGCGGCAGCGCCGCAGGGAGCGGGGCAGGGAGCAGAGCCGAGGGCCGAGAAGGGAUCCUCGCCAGUUGCUCCAGUUCAUCUUGUCAAUGAAGAGUCAACUGACAAGACUAAUUUGGGCUUUAUUCAUGCAUUCGUGGCUGCUAUAUCGGUCAUCAUUGUAUCAGAACUUGGAGAUAAGACCUUCUUCAUUGCAGCCAUCAUGGCAAUGCGGUACAACCGUUUGACUGUACUGGCUGGUGCUAUGCUUGCCUUAGGACUGAUGACGUGCUUAUCAGGUUAG